UGGAGGAUGUCUGCGGGAGGAACUCAAAUGAUCCCAUUUUUAGUAACUAGUUUAAGUUCCCCUCUGGUAUAUUGUGAUCCAUUAAUUCUCCCAACUGUUCCCAACAGUGCUGUGAAUCCGGGAAGCUCCUGCUGAGCAGUGCAGGGAUCAAAGGAAGAGAGGCAUGAGGAGAGAGACAGCCUCCUCUCACAGCUGCUAACCAGAGCUGUGUCAGGAUGUGGUCAGAGGCCCAGUGAGUGGAGAGUGCCCAUGAGUGAGUUAUGAAGACAGUGGGAAGCAGAGAGCUCAGAGGAGCAGCUUCAGAAGGACCAGGAUGUGAACUUUGCCUUCCCCUGCAGGAGGCAGCUGAGUGGGAAGGGGGGGCACACAAUAGUGAGGGGCCAAUGGUCCUCUAGAAUGUGGUGUCAGAACUUGGCUGUUCAGUCAAAAUGGAUGUUGUCGUGCCUUAAGUGUUUGCUAAUGUUGUCCGGUUUGUCUGAAACCACGUUUACCUACAGAAGCACAUGAAUUUAUGUUUGUUGCAGAAUGUCUUAGGACAGAGUUUUCUCACAGUGUGGUUCCUCUUCUCCCCUCCUUCCUAUUUCUUUCCUUCCCCCUUUGAGUUCCCACUUUAUAGUAUUUGCAUAUCUUGCUGAGUAGGUCCAAAUGCUACAAUUCUUACUUUGGUGUUUGAAGAUGUUGCAUCUCUGUAUGUGACCUGAGUGAUUCCUUGUUGUGGUUUCUCAUUCUCAUGUGGUAUAUCACAUCUGGAAAUACCUCUUCUCAUAUAUAAUUGUGUGAUAUGACAAUUUAUCGCCGUGUUUGGUUUUCACAUACCACAAGUUUUAGGGAGGAGACAGGGUGCGUUUUCUGAGUAAGGCAGGUCUCACUCUUCUUGAUAUGGCUUCAGAAAUCACCUAUGCAGAAGUGAAGUUCAAGAAUGAAUCCAACUCCUCAGGCAUCUAUUCAGAUUCUGCUACAGCUCCCAAAGAGAAGCCCACCCUUCCUCUAAGUAAGCCUGGUCGUCCCUCGCUGCUCUUCACAUCACUGAUGGCAGUUUCCCUGCUGUUGGCCAUCGCUUUCUUGGCUGCUUUUAUCUUUUUUUAUCAAAAGUACUCUCAACUUCUUGAAGAAAAAAAAGCUAAAAACGAUCUAACUUACACAGAAUUGAGCUGCACAAAAGACGAUUCACCCAUAGAAGACAAAGUCUGGAGCUGUUGCCCAAAGGAUUGGAAGCCAUUUAGUUCCCACUGCUACGUCACUGUGACUGGCCCAGCAUCUUGGAGAGAAAGUGAGGAGAAGUGCUCCAGCAUGGGUGCUCAUCUGAUGGUGGUCCACAGCCAGGAAGAGCAGGAUUUUAUCUCCAAGAUCCUGGAUCCUAAUGCUGAUUAUUAUAUUGGCCUUUCUGAUCCAGGUCACCGACAGUGGCGAUGGGUUGAUCAGACACCAUACAAUGAAAGUGCCACGUUCUGGCAUCCAGGUGAGCCCAACUAUGAUGAUGAACAAUGUGUCACAAUAAAAUAUCGGGGUAGGAGUUGGGGCUGGAAUGACGUCCUUUGCAGUGGUAAACAGAAGUCAGUUUGUCAGAUGAAGAAAAUAUACUUAUGAAUCAAGCAUUCUCCAUGGACAUGGGAUUGCAUUUUUAUCUAGCAUUACACAGACACCUGGAAAGAUCUUCUUGUCGAAGAGAUGUCCAUAGAAUUUAGAUAGGAGGCAAUGGCUAUACAUAUGAGAACACUGGCCUACAUAUACUUAUUUACUCAUCCACUUACUCCUUCAUAAAAUGAUCUUUUAUUUAGAAUUUCCCAUGUACCAGAGACUACACAGUGACCCUUUUGUGCACACAUGGAUUUUCAUUUACCCCUCAAGGUUUCAUUUACUCACACAAUUGUGUGAUAUGUUCUUUCCAUCUAUCUGUUUUCUCUCUCACUCUCUCUUAGUUUGGCUUCAUUAACAUGUACU